AUGAAUCCUCUGACAGAAGCUCCUCCUUCCCCAGCCUCAACCGCUCCUCCUUCACCAGCCUCAACCGCUCCUCCUCCACCAGCCUCAACCGCUUCUCCUACUCCAGCGACAAUCACAUCCCCUCAGCCGGUAGCAAUGGAUGAAGUAACUCCUCUUCAUUCACCAUCUGAAAUCUCUCCUCCUCCGCCAGUUGCAAAUUCUCCUCCUCGACCAUCAUCAAACGAAGAACAAUUGAAUUCUCCUUGGCUACCACAGGUUGAUGAAGAAGAUGCAGAAUCUGGAGAAGAGGUUGGUGAAGAAGCUGGUGAAGCUUUAGCAGAAGAGGUUGAUGAAGAAGAUGCAGAAUCUGGAGAAGAGGCUGGUGAAGAAGAUGAAGCAGAAGAAGUUGAUGAAGAAGAUGCAGAAUCUGGAGAAGAGGCUAGUGAAGAAGAUGAAGCAGAAACUAGAGAAGAGGCUGAUGCUAUAAGCGAUGACUGGACGUUGCAGGCUUGUAUUAAGAAGAUGAAGAGAAUAUGCCAACCUUCAAAAUACUUGAAGAGUCCGUAUACAAAGGGAAAGAGGGGAAAGAAGAAAGAUGAACCUGCAAAGUGA